GCUGCGUGACGUCACCGACCGUGAAGGGAGGAAACUGCGUGUGUAAUCUUCAAAGUUUUUCUUCAAAAGUGUGAUCGAUUACACGGAAACAAAUAUGUGUGGCUUCGACAAGCAGAAGGGUCCUGGGCGGUUGAUGAAGAAAGGUUUGACCCUCAUCGUUGUCGGUCAUGUCAAUUUCAUUCUGAGUGCCAUCGUACAUGGAAGUGUAUUGAGACAUAUAUCCAAACCCAACAAUGAGAUCUCCACAGAGUACACCGUAUCCAACAUCAUAUCUGUCACCUCUGGACUGCUGAGUAUUGCAAAUGGAAUUGUUGCAAUAUUGGUCUCGAGGAAUAUUACCAUUUUGAAGCUACACAUCGGUCUGUUGGUGAGUUCUUUUGUGAACGCUCUGCUGUCUGCAGCGUGUUUGGUUGGGCUGCUUCUGGCAAUCAGCAUGACCAUCUCAGGGGAAGGAAUCGGCCUCAUGAAGGGAUGUAACUUCACUCACGUGCCCAUCAAUGCACGUUCUCCGGUCAUCGUCAACUGCCCUUUUGAUGCGACCCGCAUCUAUGACACAACAUUAGCUCUGUGGUUCACCUGUACCGGCUUUACCAUGGUAGAGGCCGGACUAUCGGUUUGGUGUUUCGUGGUGGGUCUGACAUUGAGAGGCAUUGGACCCUGUGGUCACACCUACAUCAGAGAGCAGUUGGAGGAGGAGACACUCGCGUCAGGUGGAAACACGGAUCGAGGUCAUGCAACUCAAGGUCAACGUCUCAUCGGACAUCAUUCUUCCAACGCUUGGAGAGAUUUGUGAAUUGAAGGCGGAGCUUAACACGGCGUUAUGAUCACAACAAUUCAUAUGGUACAGAAAUUGCUGGUGAUAUUACAUUUUACAAUAUUAACAAUUUUAUCAAAUACAUGAUUUAUUCUAAAAUUGUAUAUAAAGUUACAUGUUUGCUGUUCAUGUUUACACAAGAACCCUAGCACACACAACAUAUCUUUUGAAAUUGAUCAUUGAUGUUGUGUUGUUGUGCUCAGGAUGUCAAAAACACCAAAUCAUUUGUUUGUAUCUGCUUUUAAGAAAUGUAACACUCAAACUACCUAAUGUGCCACAAAGUAAACACUUGACAGCUAGUAGCCAUGGAAACUCUAGUAUGCAGUAUGAAGGGCCAGAGAAAGACGUAACUCAGUGUAGGGUUCAAUGAUGUAGAUCGUUGAGUAAAUCUCACACUCGGGAUAAUCUAGUGUGAUUUAAGAACUGAAAUAAUACACAGAGAUGUGACUGACACUGUCAAAAUAAAAGGAUUAAUGUCUGUAUGACGGCCCUCCCUUGAUUUCAUUUCAAAGGAUUGUGUUUUCAUAGAGCAGUAAGUGUGUUUGAUCUUUCAAAGGCCUGUCAUUUCAAUGCAGGAGACUGAACCUUUGCUGUCUACAUUUAAUUUUUUAUUUUUAAAAACUUUUAUGUAUGUGUUGUAGUAUGUAUUUGCUAAAAAAGUGUGAAAUUUGAAUAAAUAAAGCAAAAAGCA